AUGGCCCUCAUCUUCUCUCCGUCGCCGCGUUCCUGCCUCUUCCUGAUCUCGGCCCUCGUCCUGGCGAGCCUCCUCGCCUCCGCCGUCCACGGCGGCGGGGUCAGCGAGCACGGCACCGCCUGGGCCGAGUGCCUGGCGGCGGGCGGCGAGGGGAAGUUAGAUCUGGACUCGGAGUCGAACCGGCGCAUCCUGGCGACGAGCAGCUACAUCAGCUACGGGGCACUGCAGAGGAACACCGUGCCCUGCUCCCGGCGCGGCGCGUCGUACUACAACUGCCGGCCCGGCGCCAGCUCCAACCCUUACUCCCGCGGCUGCAGCGCCAUCACGAGAGAAGAAGGAAGAGGAAGAAGCAGCUCGAAGGAUAACCGCCCGAGCGAGAAUGGCCGCGAGCCUGCAAGUCGCCGUGGCCUCUCUCGUCCCGCCUUCGACCUCGUCGCCCAGCGGAAGGAGAGGAAGAGGAAGGAGCGUUGCCGGCGUCGGCGGCGUCGGCGGCGGCGGCGUCCGCUGUUCCGCAAUCGGCUCCAAGGGCUCCUCCAAGCUCCCCUGCCGCCAAUCAACCCUAAGGACCCCUUCCUGUCGAAGCUGGCCUCCGUCGCCGCGGCCUCCCCGGAGUCGCUGCUCGACCGCCCCGUGAGCUCCGACACGCCGCCGUACCUGGACCUGUUCGAGUCCCCGCAGCUCAUGGCCACGCCUGCUCAGGUGGAGAGGUCAGUUUCGUACAAUGAGCACCGACCAAGGAGGCCUCCACCGGAUUUGCCUUCACUGCUUCUCCAUGGAAGAAUCGUUUACAUUGGCAUGCCAUUGGUGCCUGCAGUCACAGAGCUUGUAGUUGCGGAAUUGAUGUACUUGCAAUGGAUGGAUCCAAAAGAACCAAUAUAUCUUUACAUAAAUUCUACUGGAACAACUCGUGAUGACGGUGAGACGGUGGGCAUGGAGACAGAGGGUUUUGCCAUUUAUGAUGCAUUGAUGCAACUGAAGAAUGAGAUACAUACAGUUGCCGUAGGUGCAGCUAUAGGACAUGCCUGUCUGCUUCUUGCUUCGGGAUCUAAGGGUAAAAGGUUUAUGAUGCCGCAUGCCAAAGCGAUGAUCCAGCAACCUCGUGUCCCAUCCUCUGGGUUGAUGCCAGCCAGUGAUGUUCUUAUCCGUGCAAAAGAGGUGAUAACCAAUAGGGAUACUCUUGUAAAGCUUUUGGCUAAGCACACUGGGAAUUCCAUAGAGACUGUAGCCACUGUCAUGAGAAGACCUUAUUACAUGGAUGCCACAAAGGCCCAAGAAUUUGGUGUCAUUGACAAGAUUCUUUGGCGUGGUCAGGAGAAGAUAAUGGCAGAUGCAGCCCCUCCUGAGCAGUGGGACAAGAAUGCUGGCAUCAAAGUUGUAGAUUAAAAUUUUUCCAACUUUCAGAUGGAUGAUUUUAUUGCAGGAAACUGUGCAAUAAGGAACUAUGCAUACAUAAAAGCUGUGAACUCAACUGUAAUGCAUCAGAGCCCCGGAUCGCUUGCAGGAGAAUAACUGCCGCUUGUAAUUAGCAGUUGUCCUGAAAAUUUUCGAUGCUACGAUCAUAUGGACAGUUCACCAGUGCACCAACAACAGAUCGAGGAAACUCUGGAAAAUAGCAAGUAUAAUUAGUUUCAUUUUAGCUUCAAAUGGGUUAAUAGUUAGCCUGUAACAAUGCUUUGACCUAUUGAAUUCAUUUUCGUUUCUUCAGCCUGUCGUGCAUCA